UUUCCGAAAUAAUACACAUGCGUACAACGGUAAAAGGAUGUAAUUCAGCUGGUCCCUCCAAGUCAUGCCUUGUCACUUUGUCAGUGCAAGGGACGCACGCCCUACACAAUCUUACCCAUAUCCAUCAAUGAAGCAAGCAUUAAGGGGGGUGUUGUUUCCACGGAUUUUUUGAUGUAGGGACUAAAAAAGUCUUAAAAAGUCCCAUGUAAAACAAACAGGAGAGACUUUUAGGGACUAAAAGGGGUAUUUGGGACUAUUUAGAAAAGUCUCUAUGGAAGGGUCUUUUUGAGACUUUUUGUCACUUUUUCCAACAAUGACCCUACUUUUAGCAUGUCAUUUAAUAACUACUACUACAUUACUAAGGGUAACAUGAUCUUUUUGCCUGUCAUUUAACGACCUCUAAUCCUUAUUUAGUCCCUGGAAACAAAUAAAUAGGGACUAGGGACUUUUAAGUUGACACUAAAAAAAAAAGUCUCGGGACUUCUAAAACAGGGCCUAACUCAGCCGCUUAUUUUCCCCAGGCUCUUCUGUUCUCCCUUCCACUGUUCCACAGCUCGUGUGAUUUUUUGGGUAAGCAAGAAGUUUCAGUGAUUCAUGAGUACGCGGCAGGUUGCUGCUUGCUCUCAUGGACGGGACAAGGGUUCGCCGGCGACGGUGGACAAACUAGUUGUGCACGAAACAACCGAAGCCGGAGGAGGAGGAAGUGGCGGCUCCGGCUCGGUCGUCGUGCCGGCGGCAGGCGCCUCGAGAGACGCAAAGGUGAAGAUGGACAUGCGCGUGCUCCAGUGCCCCCUCUGCACCCUCACCCUGAAGCCUCCCGUCGUCCAGGUUCCUUUCUUUUCUCCUCGACACUCGAACUCGACCGAUCUUCUGCCCGUUCCAUCCCACCAGUACGAAUUUCUCCGGUCUGUGCAGUGCAAGGGCGGGCACUUGGCCUGCGGCGGCUGCCCCGCCGAGCCGUGCCGGAGGUGCGAGCACGGCGGCGCCUUCGAUAUCCGCAACACGGCGAUGGACGCCGUCGUCUCCGCGGCCAGGGUCGAGUGCCCCCACGACGGCUGCCGGGCCUGCGUCGCCUACCACGAGCUGGGCGACCACCGGGGCGCGUGCCCGCGCGCGCCCUGCUCCUGCCCGGAGCCCGGCUGCAGCUUCGCCGCCCCGCCGAGGGCGCUCCUCGCCCAUCUCUUCGUCCGGCACUCCAUGCCGGCGCACAGGUUCCAGUACGGCAAGGACUUCCGGCUCCUGGUGCCGGCGUCGGAGCCGUCACGGCGGCUGCUCAUCGGCGGAGACGACGGCCGCGCGUUCCUCCUCUCCGCGGGCGCGCUCGGCGCGGCCACCGCGGCGUGGGUCGUGUGCGUCCGCGCCGGCGCCGUCCCGCGGCCGCAGUACUCGUGCAAGAUGUGGUCGAUCAUGCCGCCCAGCCAGGACAUCGUCGUGGUGAAAACCAAGGUGACGAGCAGCUCGUCGCCCGGCGCGGUGACCGCCGCGUCCUUCUUGACGGUGCCGCCGAGGUACUAUCGGGCUGGGCCUGCUGGGGUGUCCAAGCUAGUGCCUCUCAAUGUCCGCAUUGACAAGAUUUAACGCUGCAGUGUUGGAACAAAUGGUUAUUUCGGUGAUCCAGCCAUGACGUUAGCAUAUAGCUAGCUGACCCAAAUGUGCUGUGAGUCUAGUUGUUUAUGAAUAGUAUGAAGGCAAUGUCGUCCUGUGAAAAAUGCAUUUUCGAAUCUCUGAUAAUGUUGUCUUAUUUUGUGUAUAAAUUCCAUAAUGGUACUAGAUUUCACUCCAGUA